AUGCUACCUCCCCGACACCCAAGCCUAACAGGUGGCACUCUAAAUCGACAACCGAUGUCACCACAGCCACAAAUGCCGGGCAUCGGUUAUCCUGCCUUCUACCAUCCUUCAUUGAAACGCGAACCACCCACCGGAGGGUCUCUUCACGAAACGAGCAUGGAUGGUUAG